UUGGAUCAAUUGUUUUUGGAGUUCACGGCGGAAAAAUGGCGGAAAUGUGACGACCAUGUCCAAAAAAAUGAAAACGAUUACUGUGAUCGUGAUAUGAAGUUCGAUGCUGUCAUCGAUAGUAUAAUAAUGAAUUUGCAAGACGACUCUGACACAAGUUCUAUUGAUGAAAAUGAAAACGAAGAUGACCUGGAUGAAGUAGAAUCUUUGUCAGAGUAG